CGUAGACUACUCCGGUAGCUUUGUUACGGAUAGGGAAUAUAUCUCCUUAGAUGAGUUACAUAGUUGGGCCGAUGCGAUAGCAAUAACAAUCGGUUUUCAAUUUACACGUGCUUCUUAUAAAAAGAAAGAAGGACGUUCUAGAGUUAGUGUCUAUUUAAGAUGUCACCGCUAUGGUAAUAUUAGGGGUGAUGUACAUAAUCUAGAUAAUACUGCCCGACCUGGUUCUAAAAGUAGAAGUUGCGGGUGUAAAUUUAUGAUUGUAGGAAGUAGUCGUAAACCACCAGAAAGACCUUGGACAGUAAGGGUGUGUCCUGGUGAAAAGGGAAAACAUAACCACCCGUUCUUGGUGUACAGAGAUGGUCAUGUAAGGGCAAAUAGGAUUAAUGUAGACAUUCGGGAGCACAUACGACAGCUUAGUGCAACCAGAAUGCAACCGGCCUUUAUUAUGAAUUCUAUUAGAGAUAAUUUUCCUGGUUUUUAUGCUAGUCUGAAUCAGAUAUAUAAUAUUAGACAAUCAAUAAGGAAAGAAGAGAUGGAGGGUAGGACUCCCCUUCAACACUGUCUUCAUAUGGCCACAGAACUUAAUUAUGUGGUAUGGACAGACUUGGAUAACGAAGGGCAAUUGAGCAGACUAUUAAUUGCAAAUCCUACCUCUAUCCAAAUGAUACGUACGUGGCCGUAUGUUGUGCUGAUAGAUACAACGUACAAAACGAACAAACAAAAGUGGCCACUAUGUGAAGUGAACGGAAUGAUGCCAACCAAUCACAAUUUCUUGGUUGCGUUUUGUUUGAUGCGAGAUGAGGCGGCUGUGUCGUAUUCGUGGGUGCUGCAGGGAUUGAGAGAUAUUUUCGGCACUGCUCAGACUCCUAGCGUCAUUGUAACCGAUCGAGACGAAGGUUUAUCUGCAGCUAUUCGUGACGUCUUCCCAGAUGUGCGGCAUUUGUUAUGCAUCUGGCAUAUUGGCAACGACGUUGAGAACAUGGUGGACAAGUUGUGUGGCGGCAAGAAAAAUCAACAAGGGCAGGUAUUCAGGAAAAGUAGAUGGAACCCCUUGGUUGAAAGUUCUACGAUCGAGGAAUAUGAAGAUAAAUGGCAAGUGAUCGUCAGUACGUGGUCGGUUAGGAACAAAAAGGUCGUUCGGUAUUUGACUGGAACAUGGAUUCCACUGAGAGAGAAAUUUGUCCGUGCGUGGACGAAUGAUUGUUUACACUUGGGUAACCGGACUACCAGCAGAGUUGAAAGCCAACACUCGUCUUUUAAGUAUUACCUUGGUAGCGGUAAUAGCUCAUUCGAUACCCUUUUCAAAAGGGCGCACGCACAGAUUACAAAUCAGCAAGCUACAAUCCGACAAGCGCUACAGGAUUCCAUGUCUUCUGUACAAAGAUCGAUGUGACAGCAUUACUUUAGACCUCUAUAUCGCCACGUAUCUCUCUAUGCCUUGGAGCAGCUCCAGCUUGAGUAUAACCGCAUGUUAGAACUCGGUGAUUUUGUGUUUAACAAAUGUGGUUGUGUACUUCAACAAACCCAUGGAUUGCCGUGUGCAUGUUAUUUACAUAUGUCCAUCGGAUCACAUGGUGCUUUGUAUUUGGAUGACAUUCAUGAAUUCUGGAGUACUUUGAGGUACACCGAGGUAGGAGACGAAACCGAUGAAGGAGUACGAUACCCGAACGCCAAUGACAAAGAGUACUUUCAAUCUCUGGUCGAUGAAGUCCUCAAAUCUGAUCCCGCUGUUGUUCGCCGAAUGUCUCAGUUACUUGAAUAUGAACUACACCCAGAUGGCGCGGAAAUACCUGAGCCGUACGCUAGUCCACCGAGAAAGGGAAGACCAAGAACAAGUAAAAACAUGAGAAGGAGAAAAAGUUCAUUUGAAUAUAGCAGAUCAUCUUCUCGCGGUCGAGGGUCUAGAUCUUCUUCCCGCGGGAGAUCUAGUGGUCGAGAGACGCAAUCCUCAGUAGGAAUUAAGUUCAGUUUCAACUUAUCCGAUGAUCCUGGAGGUCGAGAUUUUUCACACUUUCCAUGGCCUAAUAACAUCCCAUUUAUCCUUCCUCCUUACUUGUUCGACUAGAUUGAUGUGUUAGGUGAUGGUAACUGUGGAUUUAGAGCAAUUGCCGUCACAGAGCUGGGAGGCGAGGAAGCAUGGCCUCUUUUAAGGCGUGCUAUGAGCAUGGAAAUGCAAAUGAAUAGAGCGCAAUACCUAACUUUGUAUCUAUCCCAGGAGGAACUAGACGAUUCUAUAUUCAGAAUAGGUGCACACGCAAAUGCACCUGCUCCUUUCAUGCACUGGAUGGAUGCACCGAUGGCUUUGUACUCUGCAGCAACAUUUCUAAACAUUGCCAUUGCUUAUUAUGGUUCUGCUGACUGUAAUCCGCAAUACAACUGUUUGAUUCUCCCGUUAAGGAAAGCAUCGGGCGUGAAUAGUGUAAAUAAAGUAAUACAUAUAUGUUGGGUUAAUAGAAAUCAUUUUGUUCAACUUUUAAUGAACGACGAUUCGUCCCCUCUACCGCCGAUCCAUCCAAGUUGGAAACAAGCAGCUGACAAUUUCACCAAACAUCUUGACACACAUUUCAGUACGAGGAUUAUGCUCUGGAAUAAUCUAUGCGGGCCACGUUCACAACCAACUAAUACCACCGCUGACGAUGCUGUAAAUUUAGAUACUCCAUAGAAUUUAUACACGACAUUCAUUAUAAAUUGUAUAUAAUCCAUAAUUAUACUAUUGUGUAUACGAAUGACAUUCA